UCUCUGUUUUCCUGAUUAUUUUGAUCUGCCUUCCUACUAGUAAUAUUUACUCUUAUAAAACAACUAGGGUUUUAGUUCCAAAGAUCCGAGCUUCAACUUCGCCGGAGAGCGGAGACUCGUUUUCCAUUUUAGUUCAUUGCAGACUCUCGAUUAUGUGUUCGAGUUCUGCUUCUUACGGGUUUUUUGAUUGCCUUCUCGCUAAGGAAAUGUGUUACGCUGCGCAGGUACAAUGAUUUUUAAUAUGCAUUUGGAAGAAGGUUGGGCUGCCAAAAAUGAUAAACAUGUUGAUCGUGAGAAAUUCAUAUGUUUACAUGCCUUCUCUAACUUGUAUCACAUUUCACCACCAAUAUUUAUAUAUCUUUUAAAGGAAUGUUAUCUUUGUGGCACUCGCAAAGCAACUCAUAAGUUUAACGUCCUUCAACAGCAUGUUUUUCACGCGCUCUGUAAUGCACCUCAGCCUGAUCCAUACACUUUUAUUGUUCAUUGCCUUUACAUCUUACCGCUAUUGGGCCUCCAGUAUGCUGAAGGAUUCAGUCACUUGCUUAUGUGUUCUCUUAAACGUCUGAAAAAUCGAAAACCUGCACUUGGAGUUUUAUCAGAAGCUAAACAUCUUGCUGCUCGGCUUUUUGUUGACAUUCUUGCUUCUUCUGUUAACCAUGAAGAACGUAUUCUCAUAAAGAUAUUGGAACUUUUUGAAAUUGAGUUGAAAGAUAUUGGGGAGGCCAGAUUUGGCUCUGUGACAAAAAAAGAUGAUAUGGAGAAAGCAAGGGCAUUUAUUGAACGUCAUAUAGUUGACUUGAUCGAGUCUCAGUCAUAUAUGACUGCCACAGUACUCGUGGAACAUUUCUCUGUCAACCUUGGCCAGUCCUUUCUGGUUAAAAUGAUGGAUAAUAAUAAUUUUAAAGCUGCAGAGAAGUGGGCUGUGUUCAUGGGGAAGCCAAUGCUAUGUCUUCUAGUUCAAAAGUAUGUUGAAAUGAAAAUGCUUAAGAAUGCUUAUGAUGUAAUAAAAAGGAACAAUCUCAAGGAGGAAUUUCCAGAUGUGCAACGGUUAUACAAGGAGAGUUCACUCAAAAAGCUGGCUGAAAAAGGGUUGUGGGAUAUUGCAGAGCUUAGGGCAAUGAAGGAUCGGCAACUCUUAGAAUUUGUGGUUUAUUUGGCGAUGGAAGCUGGUUAUGCAGAGAAGGUUUUUGAACUAUGUGACCGGUACUCUCUUGAAGGUUUUGACAAAUUAACGGUUUCUGAUAGGCCAACAUUUGGAGCUUGUUACUUGGACCCUGAGAAAUUGAUGAUAGAGAAUAUCAUAUGGGUUGAUGACUUUAAUGGGUUAAUUACUGCAACUAACUACAUUGAGGGAUGUAAGGUUGUUGGCAUCGAUUGUGAGUGGAAGCCAAAUUAUGAAAAAGGCUGCAAACCAAACAAGGUUUCCAUAAUGCAGAUUGCUUCAGAGAACCGAGCUUAUAUUUUUGAUUUAAUAAAGCUACAUCAAGAUGUACCACUUGAGUUAGACAGCUGUUUCAAAAACCUCCUAUGUUCUCCCAACAUCUUAAAGCUUGGUUAUAACCUGCAAUGUGAUCUUUAUCAACUUUCUCAAUCUUAUGGAGAUCUAGAGUGUUUUAGAUACUACGAAAUGCUGCUUGACGUUCAGAAACUAUUUAAUGAGCCUGGCGGUGGUCUUUCAGGGUUAGCGGAGAAAGUACUGGGAGCUGGUUUGAACAAGACAAGAAGGAAUAGCAACUGGGAGCAGCGACCUUUAAGUCAAAAUCAGAUGGAAUACGCUGCCCUUGAUGCCGCUGUGCUUGUUCACAUAUUUCAUUGCAUCUAUAAUCAGCCUCAGUCUACUUGUAAUGAGGUGCGGAGUAAAGUAGAAUGGAAAUCUCACAUAGUCUCCUGCAUGGGCAAUGCAAAACGUAAAGAGUAACUCUUGUAGUUAAUGCUGGGAAUGCUUAAAACAAUAUCAUUGCUGGUUACAGUUCCCUGUACGUUCAAAGCAUUUCCAUAGAACAAGUUGAUAUAUUCCUUAGUCCUCAACGGCUGCGAUCCACUCUGUAGCUUUUCACUUAGCAUGGACAAAUUAUUGUACAUAAUUCACAUUGAAAGUAGGAGAAAAAAAACCCUCUACAUAAAGUUUUUACAUUGUUAAAAAAACAUGGAGGAGAAUGUUUAUCACACAUUUAUAGAAGUAUUGGCUAUCGUAGUCAAUUUGCA